UACUAUCCUCUUAAUUUGCCUCGCUCCAAAACCACAAUAAAGAAACCUCUCUCCACAGCAUUAUUUUAUUUCAUUUGUUUUCGAGGUGAACAGAGGAUAAGGGCCCCACCAACCCCCACCCCCAUCCUUGUUCAUCUUCUCUCUCUAGAAAAUCCUUCCUUCCUUGUCUCUUUCUCUUUCUAAAAGUUUAAUUCAGAAAAAAUAAAAAAUCCGAUAAUCUGUAGCCCUUCAUCUGUGGCUCCUCCCAUCGCCGCCUUACGCUCAUUAUCAUUUUCCUCCCCGUCCAAACCCUAAUUCCCUCUUUCUAUAUAUUACCAAUAUACAUACACAAUACGCACAUACGCGUGUUUGUGUGUGCAAUUUGGUACUGGAUCUUUACAUUCAGACAUCGUAAGAUAUCGUAGGAACAAUUUUGAUUCUGAGAUUUUUUUUGUUGUAUGUUGAGAUUUCGACGGAUAUAUUGUGAGGGUGUCAAAAAGUUUCAAAGUUUUGGUGUUCUGUAACACGGAAACAGAGGAUUUUGUUGGUUUUUGCGGAGCUUGCUCUGAUUCUGGUUUUCUGCGAUGUCCCUUCUACCCAAGAGCGAUUCAAUCCAUAUUAGGGAGGUUUGGGCCGACAACUUGGAGGAGGAAUUUGAGUUGAUACGAGAAAUCGUUGAUGAGUAUCCGUACAUUGCUAUGGACACAGAGUUUCCUGGAGUUGUGCUCCGACCAGUUGGCAAUUUCAAGAACUCCAGUGAUUACCAUUACCAGACGUUGAAAGACAAUGUUGAUUUGUUGAAGCUGAUCCAGUUAGGGCUAACAUUUUCAGACGAGAAAGGGAAUUUGCCCACUUGUGGAACGGACAAGUACUGUAUUUGGCAGUUCAAUUUCUGUGAGUUUGAUCCAAACGAGGAUGUGUUUGCAAAUGAUUCAAUUGAAUUGUUGCGCCAGAGUGGCAUCGACUUUGGUAGGAAUAGCGAGAAGGGCAUGGAUGCCAGACGUUUUGGGGAGCUCCUGAUGUCGUCUGGGAUUGUGUUGAAUGAUAAUGUGUACUGGGUGACUUUCCACAGCGGAUAUGAUUUUGGGUACUUGCUUAAGCUCUUGACUUGCCAGAACUUGCCCGAGACACAGGCGGGAUUCUUCAGUUUGAUCAAUAUAUAUUUUCCAGUUCUAUACGACAUCAAGCAUUUGAUGAAGUUCUCCAACAGCCUCCAUGGCGGGUUGAACAAGCUAGCCGAGUUGUUGGAAGUGGAGAGAGUCGGGGUGUGUCAUCAAGCGGGUUCGGAUAGCUUGCUCACAUCUUGCACCUUCAGGAAGCUGAAGGAGACCUUCUUUAGCGGCUCGCUAGAGAGGUACUCUGGUGUGUUGUAUGGCUUAGGUGCUGAGAAUGGACUCAAUACAUAUAGCAGCUGAUAGGAGGAAAGACAUAUAUUUCUGGUGGAAAAAAAAUAAAAAAAGCUGAAAAUUUGUAAUUGUAAGUGUUGAUUAAAUGCAGAAGUUGCGCUCAGCUUGUUAAUGAUGCCACACUUUUGUACACUUUUAAAGUACUGUAGUUUAUGAAAUGAAAAUUUAAAAAUUUAAUA